GCUGGAGCCAGAGUGCUGGAACCGUCCAUGACGACACUCCAGCGUGUCAGGAGCAAGUGUUGAGGGAGAGAGUGUCUGGAGCAGGGUUCUGGUCUGCCGCAUCCCUACCGGUGCUCCAUGUCUGCCUACCUGAGGUCCCUCAAGCUGGGCCUGCCGCCCAUGGUGGCAGGCGGGGGCGGCAGGGUGGCAGGAGGCGGCGGCGGACACCUCCUGACCCGCCGCCCAAGUUCUCCGGCACACAGGGAACACCAGGGAUGUGUGCAGAGUGCCCCAGCCACCCCACUUCACCUAAGCAGCAGCAGUGUGAGUGUAGCGGCUCAGCAGCAACAGCAGGAGGACUUCAGUGCGACGUCCUCUCCGAACUUAUCUUCGUCUGACACCUCUCGGUUACUCCUUGAGGCUUCACAGAUACUACAUCUGAAACAAGCGGAGGCUAUGAGCAGUGAUGUGACGGGCAUGAUAGAGAGGAGCAGCCCAGCUGGAAGGCAUCUCCACUGCUAUGACCCAAUAGGCUUCAUUACCUGCCCAUCCCACCACACCUGUGAGAGUGCCGAGAUGCAUCCCUCUGCAGAAGUUGUUUGCCAUGACAGCAACGCAAAUGUCAGAACAUUCCGACUUCCCCCAGAUGCUCUCUGGUACCCUCUGGGUACAUACCACCAAGGGAAUGACAUUCUUUAUUCAGUUUCCUAUAGCCAGAUAGAAAGCCAAGUUUUAGACACAAUAUCGCCAUCAGACCCUGGGCUUGGUAAUGACGUACACUCCACUUGUACAAAUAACACCUACAACACAGAAGGCCCCAGAGCAGAAAGAAGCACAUGUGACAUGUCCACGUUCAUUAAAAGCGUGUCGGAAGGUGAGGGACAAUUACAGUGCAACAUUCCAUCACCGAACCAAAGGAAGCCAGAAAAUUUAGAUCCAUCAGGCAAGCCAAGUCCAGCGCAUCUUUCCCACGUUUUUGACAAGCUCGCAGAGACUUUGCCGAAGCUGUUUCUUCAACCUCUGGACUACACCAUCUAUUCCCAGAAUAUUGUCUUUGAUAACAGAAUUCGUGGAGUCAAAACAGUUGGUUUAAUGUCAUACGUGAGGCAAGUGGCUUUGCUUAGAACAGUUGGGCACUUCAAAUUUGCUCAUGUCCGAUUUGAAAUACUUAAGAUCACAAAGCACCCAGAAGAUGGCACUGUGAGAGUUCGAUGGCGAAUCGUAGGCCUAUCAGGAUUGAAGGCCAUGUUCCAGUUUUGGAAGUUUAAGCUGUGGGAUUGGAAGGGGAUAGUGAAUCAGAUGGAGAGUUGGUACGAUGGCUUCUCCACGUUUUACGUCGGCGGUGAUGGGCUGGUGUACAAGCAUGUGGCAGACAGUAUGAUGCCAGAUGAGGAGCUUCAUGUAGUAAAAAAGGGCCCCCUGGCAGUUAAGAUGGCGGCUCUCCUUGGCCUGGCACAUCGGCCUAGCUUGAGCGACACCAAUAGCAUGCUGUACUUUAGCCUGGACUCCCUCUCCUCGAUGCACCAGCAGGAUGAGGAAACCUAUACCAAUUUGAUGCUUCCACUGGAGAAGAUACAUUGAGGGGCAGUAGUUGAGGACUUAGCUAUUUAUUGCAUUAGAGUACCAACCUGUGAUUAGCUCUGCAAUGUAUACUGCAUAUGCUUUGAUUUUUAUAUGGAGAAAACGAGAGCAGUGUAGUUUUAAGCUUUCCGAAGUAAACGAUGAGUCACAAAAACAUGAGUGAAGAUAUGAUGAAAACCACACACCAGAAGAUGAGACGACGACGACAUUUCGCUCCGUCCUGAACCAUUACUAAAUUGUGACAAUUGACUUGAUAAUGGUCUUGGACGGACCGAAAUGUAGUCGUCUCCUCAUCUUCUGGUGUGUGUGGUUUGGUCGUCAUAUCUGAAGAAAGAAAAGUUGUAGUCUUGGCGACAGGUGGAGCAUUGUCGUUGAAGUUUACAAAGUGGCCAUUCUUGACCAAUACACUCAAGGGCUACAGCACACUUGGUGAUUAUUGUUGGGUUGCAGUGUGUGUUAUAUAAGCUCACUAUGCUUCUCUUCUUGGGCUUUAUUGACAUUAUACUAUUUGCAUGCUGCAUCACGUUAUUUCAAAAGCAAUCAUAUACUCAGUAAUAGCCUAUUGAAUAUUCAUAAUAUGAUGUAAUAGUACACUGUAAUAAUCAUUGCUAGUAAUUUCACAGAAGUUAAAAUGAAGGGCUCCUCACUUAUACUCACAAGUAAUAUGGUAGUUUAUUUAGUAUGUUCAAGUAAGUUAAAGCUGUUGGCCCCAUGUCCAUAUAGAAUCGAGCUGAAAAUAAACUUGGGCUAUAUCCUAUAUCCUUUGUCUUAUAUCCUGUUGGGUCAUAUAUAUCAUUGUACUUUCUAAACCAUAUCUAGUGAAGGCUAUGCUAGCUUGAGAUUUUACUAUAUUGGUGGAUAGGCAUCGGCCUAGCAGAGUAAUGUUCAAACAACACACGGAAGAAUGGAGGGCCGGACAAUGGGAAGGAGGCAAUAAUUUGGCUAUGAUUUGCAUUGGUUGAGACAGGUAUACAAAACCUUGCCCAGAGUAAAGGAAAUAAUAGUGAGUGAGAAUGGGAUGUGUAUAUGUAUAUAUUCAUAUGUUCUCAUCUUGGGGUUGAAUUGGUAGACUUAAAUUUACCAAAGUGUUGUUUAUGAAUGUACACUUUGCUCUGUGAGCAUCCGCUCUGCUUUGCAAACAUCCGCUCUGCUCUGCAAACAUCUGCUCUGCUCUCCUCUCCUCUCCUUUCCUCUCUCCUCUGCUCUGCAAACAUCCACUUGGCUUUGCUCUGUUACCAUUUGCUCUGCUCUGCUGUUGACAUUUGCACUGCUCUGUUUUUCAGCUUAAGUAAUAACCAGGUUUGUUUUCUUAGUUUGUCAUCUGUGUGUAGUCUUGAUACUGAAAGUAUACCUGGAAUGGAAUGCGAGUUCAGUCAAGACGUACUGGACCAACUGGGCUGUGGUGGAUAUGUGGGGCCUGUGGGCCACUCCAAGCAACAGCCUGUUGGACCAAGCUCUCACAAGUUGAGCCUAGUGGCUUCGGGCUGGGCUUGGGGAGUAGAUGAACUCCCAGAACCCUAUCAAGCAGGUAAACUUACCAAGCUCAGUCUAGGGCCAGGCUUGUCUAGUGGUAACUUGAUCUAAAAGGCUGUUGCUUGAAGCAGCCUUAAAGUCCACAUGUUCAUUACAGUUCAAUUGGUCUAGCACUUCCUGCAGGAACUGUAAUUGUUUCUUGAACAUGUUCAUUUUUUGUUCAGGAAAUAUAUUAAGAAAUAUUAUUUCUUAAAUUUACUUGGAAGGUAUUGAAGAGCCGUGGAUACAGGCAAAAUGAUCCACACCUGAUUUUGUUCAUUCUUUUCAGUGAAGAUAAUUAAUGACAAAACAUUAUUCUGGUACUAAAUUUCCCACAUUUUAUAUAAAAGAUAUUAUACAAGUACAUAAGUUCUUUUGUUAAUGGUGGUUAUUUUUAGGUAAUUAAAAAAAAAGACAAUGAAAUGAGCUUUGGUCCAUGCUAGGUGUCUAGACAUGGUCAAAUUGAACUGACUUUCUGCAUGUGUGUUUAUUACCGUGUGUCUUGCUUCCCGGUAUCACAAGUGUGACGGGUAUGUAAGGCACGUUCAGUUUUAACACUGCACUUUACCAACACUACUGCUCGCUUAUCCACAUACCGGCCCCUUCCCGUGCUCUGUACUGGACACACAUACCAGCCUUUUCACGCACGUAUAGGUCAGCCAUUUGUGCCGAGGUCACGUGGAUCACUCAUUGUGAUGUUUAAUAAUUCUUUUAUAUUGGUUAGGUAUUCACAGGGGAGUUUAUAUUAUAUAUAGAACCUGCUUUUGGCCAGUGAUAUUGAUAAGCAUUCAUACACGUUCUCAUUUUAGAAUUCAAAUUUGAAAUGCAGUUGGUUAUUAGGCUGUGGGGGGGGGGCGUUAUGACCUGUGGUGCUGUUUUUGUUCUAGUGUGUUUGUUGUUGGUGCUCAUCAUUAGUCCAAGAGGCUUGGGGUCUGUAAUGAAAGAAAAGUAGAGUAGAGCAGCUGCCUCUUGAGCUGUGUAAGUAUUAUUGUCCUUUCUCACUAAAGCUUUGCAGUGAGAUAAUUUUGUGUUAAAGUGUAUUAAACUGAUUGUGCAUUUAUGUGCUGCCUUCCUUGUAGUUCCAUCUUGAUCUGCUCUUAAAUAUAAAACUUACAUUUUUUUAUUAGAUUAAUACUGUAUAUUAAUAAUAGUCAUGUAUAAUUAUUUGACAAAUUUUAGUUUUAGCAUAUACUUUAAAAAAACUACAUUUAAGGAGUAUAUUUUGUCACAUAUUGCAAUGUCUUGAAAGUGAAUAAAUAUUUAUUUGAAUGUAAAAAGGGGGCACAUUAACCUUUCUUCCAAUAGUUCAUAUUUUCUGCCCCAUAAGAAUGAGGCUAUUGUCAUCAGUGCUCAUAAUGAAUGCACAUUUUUAUUUUUAAAUGUGAUAAAUGUGACUAGUUUUUUAUUCAGAUACUUUUUGUUGUUUACUUUUGUGUUAAUAGUUUAAUUAAGAUAACUUGUGAGCAUCAGCUCAGGGAGAAAGUAGUUUUACUUGCUUUUUUUGUUUCAUUAAAACCUGGACAUCAUCCUAGACUGAUGAUGGGCAUUUAGAUGGCAUUUAAUGAUGACAUUAAAAUGGUGGUCUUAUUUGUGCUAGAACUUGUGUAAUGUAACUGUUAUGUGGGUUGGGAAACAAUAUAAUAUGGAGGUAAUAUUUUUGAGUUGUGCGAGCCUUUCAUUUUUUGCGACCUGUGUUCUUGAUUUUGUAAUUACUGUAACCCUGUCACUGUAACUUUUGCCUUGUGUUGAGGUUACAAGGUGCAGGAAGUGGACAAAAUGAGAAGUUAUUGAAAUAAUGUUGAUAUUACUAUGAAGGAUAUAUUGUCUUGUGGAAGAUGAGAGCAAUGAAUGGUAAGAUCUUUGUCAACCAGUUGGCUUCUUGACCACAGUGAAUAAUGUUGGGGCACUUUGCCAGCUGCAUGCAACAUAGUAAAUUAAACAAGUUUGAUUGUGCAUUAUACGCUCUCCAUAACACAGUGCAAUUUGGAAUUGGUUGGUGGAUUGAUACUGGGUUAAUUAUUUCUCGUAAAAUUUGCAAAAAUGUGUCGAAUAGUGUACUAAUUGCUAACAAUUCGUUCUACAUAGUUUCCCAGGCUUGGCACCUUCUUUUGAUGAUUAUUUGCUAACAAUUAUCAGUACUUUUGUAAUGGAUAUUGUCUUGGAGUGUGCUUAUAAUCUGGCUGUUGGUUAUGAGAAGAGCUUUAGUACACUACAAGCUCUUUAAGCUUGAUGUAACAUUGCUUUGUCUUUUCAGCUUAGAUCUUGCUUGGAUUACGUCUGCCAUCCUUCACUUAACCUUUUACCAAGUUUGGCCUUAACAGUCGUCAGCUUGGUCUUGAACCCCACUGACUGUACUUUUCAGACUGGCGAGUCUUCGUCCCUGUUCCCAACCUCAUGUAAUUAAUCAUGGUGGAAAGAGUGAAGGAUUGAAGUGCUUCUAUGCUUGUAAUUGGGAAGAGAAUUGCUUGAAAGGGGAGGACAUGAGCUCUAUAUUUAUAAAAAGAGAAUGUACAACUGUUAAUUAUUAAAUACAUUAUUCACUAGAAAAGCAUUCAUUUUAUGAUUGACAGCGAGGUGGUGGUGAAAUGCCAGAAUAAUUAUCAUGUACAUAGUGUAGAUACAAAAUAUUUUACCAGUUGUAAUGUAUUUGUUAUGUAAGCAUUGGAGAUGUAUAAUUAAUCAACCUGAUACUGUAUAGCAUGGGAGGUGGUUCCCAAUGCAGUAAAGAAUCUACUUGUA